GAUGAUCAAAGUUGCUCAAGGUACCUUCAAGAAUACGCCAACGAGCACUGGUCAAUACGAGUACAUACAGGCGAGCGCAGAGAAUCUAACAUUCUUGGAGGAUAGCAGCGUGGAUCUAGUCAUUUCCGGCAUUGUACACGCCAGCACUGCGUUCUGGAAAGGACAAGGACAACUGAGAUGCUGGUGUUUGCUGGGCUACACGCGACUAGCUACAACCAAAGUCGCAAGAGUGCUGAGGAAGAAUGGAAGCGUUGCAUUCUGGGGCUACUCCCAACUGCGCCUCGCCCGCUAUCCGUCACUCACACCGAGAAUUAACGCUUACGUCGAGGGCACUGACCCACUGAACAGCAUUGGCUCAUACUGGGAGCAACCCGGCCAUGCGAUUUUAGAUAACCACUUGAUUGAAGUGCCAGAUGCCAAUGAAGUUGUACCUGGCGCGUUCAGUGAUUUCGAGAGAGUCUUCACUACAGAUGCGCUUUCAGAAUUGAAGAAGCACAUCUGGCGUAGUUGGGGUUGA